AACUCGGUCGAUCGCGCAGAGUCGUCGUGACAGCGUCAAUAGAGCGUGAAAUGAUAUAUAGAUUUUCACAUGAUUGCUGUACAUGAAGAAGAACCUAAACGUACUCCGGGGGCAAAGAACACUUAUGACACGCAUAGUAAUGUGGAACGAAGAAGAGGGGAUCGGAUCAAACAGUGGAUGACGAAGCAGCUUUUACCCCGAGUCCGAGGUACGAUUUGAGGCGAGACUUUCGUUGGAACAGGCAGCGCCGAUUUGGACAUCUUCCAGCAUCUCCUAGAGCAAGUGAUGCGUCUAACCUAAAAGCUCGAAGCCAGUGAGAUGUCUGCAGGUGACGUCUUCGAGUAUCAGGCGUGUCGAUAACCUAAUCUAACGGGAUUCGGGGGAUUGAACGGAGGAGCCGCGAUGGCGACAGGUAAGCGACGAAGCAACUAUACGUCACCCGGAAAUCCCGGGCCCACCGGCAGCGGUCUACGCUCGAUGAACUUCCGGCCGAGUUCCACCCAGGAGGAUCGCGGCGGCACCCGGCCGACCGCGGCGCCGAGCUCCAUCGGCCUCAUCCUCAUCACCAUGCUGCUACACUUGUGCAAAAAGUCCCUGCUCUUCGACACCCGACUCAAGGUCGCGAUCUACUGCGGCACGAUAUUCGCGGUUUCUCUGAUCGCGGACUUUGUCUCGAUGCCGCGCAGUUACUUCGCCAGGUCCGACAACGCUCUGAACCAGUACUUCGUCAAGUGGGGCUGGGGCUGGCUCCUAUCUGUCACCGUGCCCUGGGUCGCCCUGACGGCCCACACGUUGGGCUGCGGUCGCAGGCAGAUCCUGCUGCGACAUCUGGCCCGGGUGGGCCUCGCCACCGUCGCCUGGCUCGCCUGGACGAAGCUGUUCAAUUACAUCGAGACGAAUUACGGCAGAUGCCUGCAGACCCGCGACAUGCAGAUUCUGUACUCGAAGCCCAAGUGCCUGAAGUCGGGUAAAUUUUGGAGCGGCUUCGACAUAUCCGGCCACACGUUCAUCCUGAUCUACUCGAGUCUGAUUCUGGCAGAGGAAGGCUCUUCUCUGGUAGGAUGGGAGGGUAUCAAGGACCUGGUGAUGCGCGAAGAGCACACUCGAGCAACCCCGAGCGAGACGAGCCGCGGACCGCUGCGUAAUCUCUCGGACACCGACCUGGAGUUUCUGAAGAAGGCGCAUCGGGCGCUCACGCCGUAUCUGCGGGGUCUCUUCGUGGCGAUGACGUUGCAACAGCUGUUGUGGGACAUCAUGCUGGUGUCGACGAUGCUCUAUUAUCACAUCAUGAUCGAGAAAUUCCUGGGCGGCGUGGCAGCGGUCCUUACAUGGUACAUUACUUAUAGGUGGUGGUACAAGUUGCCCAAGAUUGGCCUGCCGGCUCCCGGUGACGGUCUCUUCAAGUACAACGAGGUAAAACCGAGUCCGGAGCUCAGCGCCAGAGCGAGACGUAGCACCUUGAACGGCGUCAAUUCAAAGUUCAUGGGAAUGCCGUUCAGAAGUAUGCAGGAAACCGCGGACUCGAAUCUAACAAACAGAGUAUCGGACCUCGACGCUCCUACGUCGAGGGUGUAAGACAGUGUGUUGUUUUCUUCGCUAUGUUUAGAGAGACUCUUGAUACUUGAACGUUUCAACGGUGCAGAGUGAAUUAUAUAUUUUAUAUGCAACGACUCGGCAUUUGAAAGCAUAUCUUGGCUAACGCUUGUAACGUUACACUAAACAAUCGUACAACUGUAUAUAAUCGUAUGUUUCGCGUAAAAUUGUUGUCUGUAUAUAUACGGUACUUAUAAAGUAUCCGAAUGUUCGGCGCUCCUCUUCUAGGUUUAAGUACAAAGCUCAAAUAAAUAAGAUACAAUUUCACUUAAUUUUGAUGGAUACAUAAAUACACGCUAUUCAUUCAUACACACACAUAUACACACAUUUAUUUAUCGCUUUGUCUUUUUAUGCCUAAAUGCUUAAACCUCGGAUUUCAUACGAUAAAACGUACACAUGUGUUAAGAUAUCUUCAAUGUUGAGAUGCGACUCAAUCAAGUUCAUCUAAACGGGACGGCUUAUAUUAGAUGCUUUUAAGUUGUACGGCGUUUAUUUAUAAUUAUAUUAUUUAUAUUUAUUUAUAAUUAUAUAAAUGGGAGCAUGCGUCCAUUUAAUCGGCGCCUCUAUGGAUUGUUAAAUAAAAAUAAGACAUGUUAACUUAAUCUGUUUAGAACCAAAGAGAGAGAAUCAGUAUCUUUGAUAAUACUCUCUUCUGGAUUUUGUUUUGUAACUUAUAUAUUUAAUAAAGUCUGUUGUUAACAAA